GUUUACGAAAAGUUUGACAGUUUAUCGUCUCCAAGAUUUCGCAAGAAAUUGAAACUUUCAAUGGAAACCGAAAACGGAUUAUCUGCUACUAAGCGAUGUAGCAAUAUUCAGGAAGAGUUCGGAAAUUGUAGCUACACUUAUCACUUUCGAGAGAAAUUCGAAACCACACCUCAACAAAAUUCAAGUUUUGUGAACAGAAAUGCUUAUUACUCUCAAAUAAGUAAUUCGAGAGAUGAAGAGCCUGUCGAUUUGACAUUCCCGAGUAGAGAUAUCGAUGAAAAUGCAGGGGCAGAAGCUUUCAAUAAUUUUUUUCCAAAACUAGAUGUUCCGGUUACUUUUCCUCAUGGAAAUACAUGCCGUAAUAAUAUUAUACCUACGAGAAAGAAUUUUGUGCCAAAUUUAGAGGCUCAACCAUUUCAGAUAGUGAAUUGUUCUGAGGGAGUAUUUGUAGAUCAAAAAACGGAUUAUUAUCCGAAGAGGAAACGCAAAAGAAGAAAAUUUAUUUAUACAACGGAAGGAAAACUGAUAUUAGUAACUGAAGACCCAUCCCAGAUUCCAACGUCCUUUAGUCCAGCCAAACAACUUGAAAUACUGAAAGCCGCCAAAUCUCUUUUCUCGAAACGAACAAGGACUCUAUAUCACUGGAUGUAUCCGAAUGCAGCAAAGCAACAAAUCAAAUCUGCGGUUACCACCUCUUGGGAAUCUUUAGCAGAAACAGAAAAAGAAUUCUACAUUUCCCAGGUUCUUGGUCGCUUUGGAUUUCCCCAAACAAACCUCAUGAUCAAUCCCCAGUUGGGAUCCAUUAGAAAGUUACCUCCUCUUCCACCGCCACCUAUCGAGAAAGUUGAAAAACCGAAAUUGAGAGAACUGGAAACCGCAAUAUCUAGCAUCACUCCUAUUACCAAUCGUCCAGUUUCUACAAGUACACCCAUAAGUUUUGAAGAGUUUGAAAAGAUCAAUGAAAAAUCCAGGAAGAAGAGAGGUCGGCCCAAGGCCUUCAACGUUAAUAGUGCGAAGAGAUCGAAAAUGUCUUCGGUUGAGUUCCAGGAUGAUCCGGAGUUGAGCCAGGAGUUGGAAAAGUUUGCAAUGAAGUUCAAGUUGAAUAAGUAUUAAUUGUUGUAGUUUUGGAUAUUUGAUAUGUUAUUACAUGUAUAUUUUCGACUGUGA